AUGGAGGAGCCGAACUUGGCUGCCACCAGUGAACGUGUGCGUGAAGGUGACGAGAAUGUGGAGCGAGGUAACUGGUCCUCGAAGAUCGACUACUUGCUCUCAGUGAUCGGUUCUGCUGUGGGUUUGGGCAAUGUAUGGAGAUUCCCGUACCUGGCCUACAGAAAUGGAGGAGUUUUACAUCGUACAAGUUCAUUGGAUGGAACUGGGGAGAUAGUCUGGCAUUUAGCCCUCUGUCUGCUUCUAGCCUGGCUGAUGGUUGGGGCAGCAUUUUUGAAAGGAAUCAAAUCUUCAGGAAAGGUUGUUUAUUUCACUGCAAUUAUCCCGUAUGUGGUUCUGACGAUACUCCUGAUCCGAGGGGUUACCCUGGAGGGAGCCUCUAAAGGAAUUGAAUUCUACAUCGGAAGCCAGUCAGACUUCUCCAAACUGGCUGAUGCUCAGGUCUGGAAAGAUGCUGCAACACAAAUUUUCUACUCGACAUCAGUGGGUUGGGGCAGUUUAAUCACAUUGUCAUCCUACAACAAAUUCCACAACAACUGUUACCAAGAUACCACCAUUGUCUGUGUUGUUAAUUGUGCUACGAGUGUGUUUGCGGGAUUUAUCACCUUCUCCACUCUUGGACACAUGGCUCAUGUGCAAAACAAGCCCGUUUCAGAGGUUGCACAGUCAGGGUUUGGUUUGGCCUUUAUUGCCUACCCAGAGGCCCUUGCACAGUUGCCAUGGGCAACUUUAUGGUCCAUUUUAUUUUUCUUCAUGCUGCUCACUUUGGGACUUGACACACUGUUUGCAAGUUUUGAAACAGUAAUAACAAGCCUGCUGGACCAGUUUCCUGAGUUCCUUAGGCCAAAGCGUCUUUAUCUGACAGCUGGUCUUUGUUUGUUAUUUUAUUUCCUUGGCCUUCUGUUUGUAACACAGGGAUUCCUGACUCAGACCCCUCCACUCGAUAUCCACCUCCACAAAGUGGAACCGGGAGACUGGGUUUUGAUAAAAUCCUGGAAACCGAAGAAACUCCAAUCACUCUGGGAGGGACCGUUUCAGGUGUUACUCACCACCGAAGUUGCCAUACGAACAAAAGAAAAAGGGUGGACUCACACCGCCAGACUAAAAGGCCCGGUGUCGCCGCCCAAAGAGGACUCUUGGUCGUGUGAGGCCGGUGAUGAACCGUUGGUGGUGAAGUUAAAGAAACAUCAAAAAUGA